CGAAGUGCAUUUCUAGGUCACUGGGCUGACCGUACGCCGGUACACGAGGCUGCGUCUCUGGGUCGAGUUCUGCAGUUAAAGCAGCUGAUAGAAGCAGGAGCAUCAGUUAAUAUCGUAACUGUGGAUAACUUCACACCUUUGCACGAUGCCUGCAUCCAAGCCCAUCCAAACUGUGUUCAAAUUCUGCUGGAGGCAGGAGCUCAGGUGGAUGUGCGCACCAUCCAUGGAAGUACUCCUCUCUGUCACGCCUGCGCUGCUGGCAGCAUAGAAAGUGUCAAGCUACUGGUAGAUCACGGAGCGUCGGUCAACCCUUCCCUGACUGCCCUCACGGCUUCCCCCCUCCAUGAGGCCUGUAUUCGAGGUAACCCAGACUGUGUGAAGCUUAUGAUAGCUAAGGGAGCGCUGCUGGAGGCCUUUGACAUUUAUUUUGGGACGCCAUUACAUGCUGCCUGUGCUAAAGCUCACUUUGACUGUGCCCUACUGCUGCUCAAUGCAGGUGCAAAAGUGAAUGCCACCAAGUUCCAUGAGACGGCACUGCAUCAUGCGGCGAGAGCCGAGAGAGAGGACCUGGUGGAGCUGCUGGUGGAGUUCGGUGGAGAUGUCAACAUAAGCGAUAAUAUGGGUCACAUACCUAGAGACUACACAAAACACGAAUCUCCUGCUAAUCUCUGUCUGCUGCACUAUGAGAGUAACCCUCUGUCUCUGCAGCAGCUGUGCCGUAUCGUCUUGAGGACUGUGUUGGGCACCAGAGCUCUAGAGCUGAUCACCAAACUGGACAUUUCACAGCGCAUCAUUGAUUACCUCACUUAUAAAUCAUAAAUAUGUUCCCCAGAAGACCCUUUU